AUGGGAAAAUUUAGUUUGCGCCCUUCGAUGGGUUCUCGUCCCCAGUCGGCGGUGUUCGAAAAGUCGAGUCGUCCUUCAUCAGGAGUCUUCUCAUCUUCUUCGCGACCCAACUCGAGUGUCUUUGAUGGUGCUGAGAUCCCGAGAUCUGUCGCAUCUGACACGAGCAGCCGUGACAUUGCUGAGCUCGCUCAAGAUCUCAAGGCACUCGCAGACCAAGCCGAGCAGCACAAACAGCAUAAUCUCGACAACUUCGUCCAGAUCCUCAGCCAUCUUAACGGCCUCCCUGGCAUGCUCGAACACGUCGGACAGAUGCCCAAUGUAGUCGCCUUGAACCAAACCAUUGGUCAACAAUCGCAACAGAUCGCCGACCUUGAAGCCCGCCUGGCAGCGUCGGAAGCCGCUCACAAAGAAGAGGCCUCAGCCCACAUAAGCACAAGAGAACAAGUCACACAGCUCAAAGCGACCUCGGACUCCAAGGAUGAGCGCAUCUCGCACCUCAAAUCUCUCCUGACCAACAUCGACCAGGAUGUCAAGGACGCACGCGGCGCGCUUGAGACCAAGGAUCUCGAGAUCGCGAAUCUGAAGACAGAGCUCUCCAAACUGAACUCGCUUGUCGCCUUCCAGGACCAGGAACACGCUGCUCUCAGUGACUCCAUCACGUCCAAGGAAGAUGAGAUCAAGCAGCUGCACGAAGGUCUUGCUGGCAACGAUGCUGAGCUCGCACACACAAAGACAGUCCUGGCUCAACUGGAUGCACAGAUAGAGUCUAAGAACCAAGAGCUGCACUCUCUGCGCACCGCCAACGAGCUGACAUUCCGCCAAUUGCUCGAGUCGCAGACAGCAAGCAUGGAACACCUCUUCCAACAGCAAACACACACCACCGCCGCUCUGACUCAGCAAAUCGUGGAGCUGAAGCAACAGAUCCGUCUGCAACAGCACCUUGAUGGCCCAUUGUCACCUCCUAUCUCCAACCCCGUCAGCCCUGCUGUUUCGGCAGCAAGCGCAAGUUGGGGCAUGCCUGGCUUCGGCAUGUUUGCUGGCAAAAAGGCCAAGCUGCACAAGCGUUCUCAAAGUCAGAUUGUCAUAAAGGCUCCUCACAAGUUCGAUGUGCCUGUGCCCACCAUGCUUUGA